UUGAAUAUUAUAAUGAGAGUAUUUAACAUGGCAAUCCUACCUCUAGUAAUGUGCAUGAUGUUUGUGAUGGCCGAUGCACUAGUACGAGUCCCGUUAUAUCCAGGAAAAACGACAAAAAAUGAUCACCGUGAUCAUAAUAUAAAAGUGCCGGAUAAUCUUAGAGCAGUUAGACAAUCCGCAACUGAAUUAAUGCUAUCCAACGAUUUUAACAAUGAUUAUUACGCAACCAUAUACCUGGGCACUCCGGGACAACCAUUUACAGUACAGCUCGAUACGGGCAGCGCAGACCUAUGGGUACCGUCCAUACACUGCAACAUCGGGUGCCCGACAACCGAACACCGAUACGACUCGUUGGCGUCGACGACAUACCAGUCCAAUGGCACCGACUUUUUCAUAGAGUACGGCGACGGCACUAAUAUGACCGGUUUUCUCAGCACCGAUGUGUUAAAUUUUGCCGGCUUAAUCGUACCUGCGCAAACAUUUGCCGAGGCCACCGUGGUCAAUUCAUAUCCUACAGUGUACGAGGGCCUACUAGGCAUGGGCUACCAAAAUGCUGACAUAGAUGGGUGGGACGGUGUGAUCACACCGUUUCAAAACUUGAUAACCCAGGGAUCGGUAGCCCCGGUAUUCUCAUACUACCUGAACCGCAACGACAGCGAAGGCGCACCGGGCGGUGAACUACUGUUGGGCGGCUCCGACCCCGAUCAUUAUUACCCACCCCUUACCUAAUAUUACGUUAAGGUUACCCAACGUGGUUAUUGGCAAUUCGCGAUGGACGGGGG